CCUGUCAGAUGGUGGAUGUGGGGAGUUAAACCGAAAGGUUUGAGCAUCACAGAUCAACUCCACUGGCCAGUCCUCAACAAAGUGAUGAUGAAUGUUCAUUUUCUGAUAUCAUCAACCAUUCUGGUGAUAUGUCAUGGAGUCCAGGAGAGGAGAUGUUGAGUGAGCCCUCUGAGGAGGAACCAGAAGAGCUGGAAUCUCUCAGUGACCCAAAUGCUGUUGACAAGUUCAUUGUUUGCCAGAGGCAGUUGCUGACCUUGUUCACGGUUUGCCCUGUAUGCUGUGGGGAAACCCAGGGACACCCGGAAGGAACAUUUAUAAAAGUCAAGCAGGCCUGCAAAACUUGUGGUUAUGAGGCGUUACUGGCAAAACCAAGAGAAGGUGCAUCGAAACAUGCCUGCCUGCAACCUUUUACUCAGCGGUGCCAUCCACUUCUCAGGUUGCAUGGCUACUCAGACAAUCAGGAUGCUGAAGCUGUUUGGACUGCAGUGCAUAAGUCCCGGCACUUUUUUCCACCAUCAGCGCUUAUACACUAUCCCUACCAUCAUGCAGGCCUGGAGGAAUGAGCAGAGGGGGAUCAUCAGGGAGUUGAAGGAGACUGGGGGUGGAUUGAUCUUGUCUGGUGACUGCAGAUCAGAUUCUCCUGGACACUGUGCGAAAUAUGGUAGCUACUCCUUGAUUGAGGAUCGAAUUAACAAAGUUUUGGAUGUUCAGCUUGUCCAAAGCUCAGAAGUCCCAAGCAGCUCUUGGUGUGAGCUAGAGGGUCUAAAGCGGAGUAUGCAGUUCCUGAUGGACCAAGACAUGCAAGUGUCUGCUCUGAUAACAGACAGAAAUCGUCAGGUGGCCAAGUGGGUGCGUGAAGAAAUGUGUUCAGAAGGAACAAGGCAUUUCUUUGAUGUCUGGCAUAUUGGUAAAAGUAUACAGAAAGCACUGGAUGCAGCUGCAAAAGAGAGGAACUGUGAAGAUCUCAAGCUGUGGAGGCCAGCCAUUAUCAACCAUCUUUAUUGGACUGCAGCUUCCACCCAUACAGGAGAUCCAGAUGAGAUGGAGGCAAAAUUGCAGAGUAUGAUAAAUCAUGCACAGGACAUACAUGAACACAGCACUCCUGCAUUUACCAGCUGCGCACAUCCACCGUUGGAAGGAGAGGCAAGAGACAGGGAGUGGCUGGAACCAGGUUGUGUUGAGCUGUUGGCACUAACCUCUGGGACCGUGUCGCAUGAAGCACUGCUUGCUUCAGGUGGUGGCGAGAGACUCUCCGGCGGCUCGGGCUCGCAAGCGGGACUGGUGUCACAAUCAGCCUCAUUGCUAAGAUUACAACAGAAACCGCUAUCAAACAGGGAAAAAGCAGCUCGGCACAGAGCAAGAAUAAAUGCAAAUCCAAUCUCCAGAGCCAGAUACCUUGCAAAAAGAAGAGAGAGUUAUGAACAAAGAAAGCGAGAGGGAAAGAUAACACAUUCACCAAUAGCAAAACUCUCUAUGACAAGACAGCAAGAAUUAAGGCAGAACUGGAGACGAUACAAGAAAAUUCAAAGAGAGAAGAUUCGAACUAUAACACCACAGUCCUGUGGCCAUAUUGAGGUGAACUCUCAAUGCCAGCAGGAAUCCGUUAUAAACUCAGCCAGCAGUGAGACAGACUGCAGCUCUGCGACACACGAGAGUCCUGUGAGCAGCUGGAUGAAACAAGAACCAAAAAAUGAAAUAAUCGAGUGGGAAAAUAUGAACUUUGAAGUCCACACUGAUGCUGAACAGGACAGCACAUUGAGCAAUGCCAUCUCCACAGCGACGACUCCGGUGGAGAGUUUACUUACCAGUGAGAUGCUGACCAUCACCAAACAGCAUUGUUUGCUGGAAUGCAAUAAGGUGAAAAUCGAAGCCCUAGAGAAACAGGUGCAGGACCUGCAGGAAGAUCGCAUGUUUCUCCGUACACAGAUUGAAAACCUCACCAGCGUUCUUUCUGCUUACGUCCGUGACGGUGUUCAUAAAAAUCAAGAAACAUAAAGGGACAAGAAAGAACUUGUUAGUUGGUUUCUAUCUAAAACAAAGUGUGACUUUGUUCUGUCUGCAGUCAACAAGAACAUGAAUAGACCUUUUUUGGCAAAGUCUGACUAAAAGUCACAGAACAACUUUUUAUGGAUGAGUCCCUCAUGCCCAGGGUUAAUGAAAAAGUUAUAUCAUAAUGAACCUUAUUUUGGGACAACUUUCCCCUGGUGUCCUCACUGUUACCUAUAAAGCAUUAUCAAGAACACCAUCCCAUCAACACUGACCCCAUCACAAAUCUGCACCAUAGCUAUAGAGACUGUGAGGAAAUAUUGAUCAGCCUUCACUAUUAAAGCAGAUGUUGUCUUCUGGUGAAAUGCUACUGUACAGUACUGCUAUCAACGCAAGAACAUUGUCUAUGGAUGUACUUAAGAGGAUGCUGUGGUACCUCUGCUGAUUGAACAGGGCUGUUGUGUGACUUUCAGACCCUGAAAAAAAUCGAAAAACAUUACAGUGUUAUGUAGUGUGCUUGUUUUUAUGAUGUUCUGUUUAUCUUUGCUCUUACUGUUUUUGUCAUUAUUUUCAGUUGCAGUGAUUUAUGUGUAAAACUACUAGAUGUAUGACACCAUUUAUGCAACUGAUAAUGAAAUACUAAAAAAGUAAAUGUUGGGUGUUGGAA